UGUGGAGGAUCGCAGACGAUUUGGCAGCCGGGCUUGACGGGUUGUUGUCUUUCGGACAAGCAUAGAUUGAAGACGGGUUUGAAUAAGAAAUAGUUAAACAUGAAGUGUAAUUUAAGUCAGUUGCUAUGUCUGACUGUGCUGGUCCUACCUGCAGUGCUUUUCGUCGCUUCUCCUUCUGGUUCCCUGCCCAUUGCCCGGGCAGAGGAUGACAUUCAGGAGGACGCAGCUGAUGAGGAUGUGGAUGUUGAUGGUGAUGAAGCCGAGACCGGUGACGUGGCGGACGCAGAGGAGGAGGAGGACGACGGCAUUCCGAAGGCCUCGCCCAACGCCGACACCACCAUCCUGUUCGUGCGGCCUGACGUGGCCGCCGCGCCCGGAGCCAUGGAGUUGCCCGCCGGCAAACUGGUCGAGUUUCUGGUCGGAUUCACCAACAAGGGAUCGGACGACUUCCUCGUGGAGUCCGUGGACGCCUCCUUCCGCUACCCGCAGGAUUUCAAUUACGUGAUCCAGAACUUCUCGGCCAUCGGCUACUUCCGCUCGGUGAAGCCGCGCCAGCAGGCCACCAUCUCGUACUCGUUCAUCGUGGCUGACGCGUUCGCCGCCCGGCCGUUCGGCCUGCAGAUCAACUGCGCCUACAAGGAUAAGGCGGGCCGCCAGUUCGUCAGCGCUGUGUUCAACGAGACGGUCAACAUCGUGGAGGUGGACGAGGGGCUGGACGGCGAGACGUUCUUCCUGUACGUGUUCCUGGCGGCGCUCUGCGUGCUCGUGCUGGUGGCCGGACAGCAGUUUCUGGCCGGCUUCGGCCGCCGGAAAAGGGGCCGCCACACAACUGUUGAGCGCGGAACAGCGGACAACGGCGGUGUGGAUUAUGACUGGUUGCCCCAGAGCGCCCUGCAGAGCUCCAGUCCUAAGAACAGCCCGCGGCAGUCGCCUCGCCAGCGGAAGGGCCGCAACUAGGCCGGCGUGCGCCGCCUAUGAGGACGGCUACGAGCUGGUGGUGUUGGAGGAGGGGGCCGGCGGCGGGCCGGGGCCCGGCCGCAGCUCCGGCCGGCCGCCGGCGCCGGUGACGGCCGCGCCGCGCCGGCCGUCUCCGGGCCGGGCCGGCGCGCGGCGCGGCGUGCCGCUGUGCCUGCUGCCCGCUGGCUGACGGGCCCCCGGCCGAGCGCCUUCACACGGCGACCGGCCGGGGGCCCAGCCGACAGACCAGCCACCUAUUACCCUGCCACUCAUCUUCCGCCAGGUUUUUGUACAAAGAAGAUGCUUUCUGUUCUCGGCGUGUCUGCGGACACGUUUGUUUUUGGUAUUGGGGAAGCGUGAACGGCUCAUAGAAUAAAUGGUGUUAAAAUGUCACUUUUUUUCGUACUCGUUCCGUUCUGGUAAUUUAUUCGGACAUUUUCAUUUAUUUGACGCUUUUAACGGUGAUAACUACCAACCUCACGCAUGUUUUCGACCGUCAUUUGACGCUGCUUGCUGUUUCAGUCACUGUUAUAGUAAUUCACUAUGCAAUAUUUAAUGCAAUACACUAUGAGCCGAUUACGGAAC